AUGGCCUCCGGCCAACCUUUCGCGUCGCGCUCGUACGCCGGCACGAAAAUGCCCGACCGCUCCGUGAACGCAAACGCCAUGCCCUUCAGCGCCUCGUCGUUCUCCCGGCAUCGCGGCCUCGCCAAUCCCAAUGCAGGCGAAUUCACCGAUGGCCCCAAGCAGAACCAGCAGAAUGCGCAGCCAGCGACGAACGCGCAGUCUCACGGUCAAGCACAGGACACCAACCCGCUCAACCGUCUGACGGAGGAGCAGAGAGAAGAAAUCAAUGAAGCCGUAAGAGCCGGGUCCAAUCCCCCAAACAUGAACCUGAACCAGAACCUGAAACAAGCAGAACUAACACCACCUAACGAACAGUUCACCCUCUUCGAUCUCGACCGCGACCGCCACCUGGAUUACCACGAACUCCGCGUCGCCUUCCGCGCCCUAGGCUUCACUCUCAGCAAACAAGAGCUCAUCUCCCUGCUAACAACAUACGGUGUGCCGCGACCACAAGUGCAGGCCCAACAAGCCGCUGCGCAAUCCCAAAACCCGCAGGCCGUGCAGUCGAAUAAGGGACCCGUCUCGAACCCGCAACACCCGUCCAACUUGCUCAUGCCGCUAUCGUCUUUCCAGGCUGUGACUGCGUUGAAGAUUCUCGAGCGGGAUCCACGGGAUGAGAUCCUGCGCGCGUUUGAGCUGUUCGAUGAGGGCGCGAAGGGGUUCAUUGAUCUUGAGGAUUUGAGGCGAGUUGCUCGUGAGCUGGGCGAGACGGGGCUGGAGGAGGAGGAGCUCCGGGCUAUGAUUGAGGAGUUUGAUCUUGAGGGGGUUGGUGGUGUUACUCGUGAGGCUUUUGUUGGAAUUUGUUGGCAAUAG